GAAAAAGUCAAAAUUUAUCUGCCAUUGGGUCAACCAAAAAAUAAAUUAAAACCCGUCCAAGCUAUAUUUAAACCUGUGCAGCAAGACCUGAGGUUGCUAUAAAAGGUACUACCAAUAAAAGCCUCAGAUAUUACCGAUGAUAUGUCAUGUCCAAUUCAGAAUACCAGUACCAACUGUGAAGAUAACAUGCCAGGGGAGGAUCAAAACCAAGAACCUAUAGAAGUUGUAGCAGUUAGUGCAGAAGUAAAUGAUGAACUCCUAAAUGACCACAAAGGUGAACAUAGUGGUUGGUAUUUUGCAGGAACAAAAAAGUAUCUUAUGCCAAGCAUAUACAAAAAUGAGGUGAACAAUUUCUAUCACUGCCCUGUAAGAGAAGAUGAUAUAUGGAUCUCAACAUUUCCUCGUUCGGGAACAACAUUAACACAAGAAUUAGUAUGGUUAAUUAGGAAUAAUUUCGAUUUUGAAACUGCCAAAAAAUUAUAUUUAUGGGAAAGAUCUCCUUUUUUUGAGGCAAAUAUAGUUUUUCAUGAAAAAACAAAAUCGAUGAUUCUGAAAGAAAAUGAAAAUAAUGAUGAAAACAUAAAAUUGGUUGAAAGUCAGAGUUGUCCUGGAUAUUUAGUGAUAGAAUCCAUGUCAUCUCCAAGACUUAUACAAACUCACUUCCCACUGAGUCUUUUACCUAAAGAAGUGAAUGAGAAAAAUUGCAAGAUCAUAUAUGUUGCGAGAAAUCCGAAGGAUGUCGUUGUAUCAUACUAUCACUUACUUCAAACUUGGCGUACCUGCAAUUAUGUUGCUCCAUUUCCAAAAUUCUGGAAACAGUUUAAAGAGGGUCUUGUUCCUUGGGGUCCACACUGGAGCCAUGUUUUGGAAGGUUGGGCUCAUCGCUACGAUCCAAAUGUCUUCUUUAUUUUUUAUGAAGACAUGAUGAAGGACAUGGUGACUACGAUUUAUAAAAUAGCAGAUUUCUUAUCAGUGCCAGCACCAACAGAUAAAGUAAAAGCCCUUUUAGAACAUGUGAGUUUAAAAUCAUUUCGGGAAAAUCCGGCUGUGAAUUAUGAAAUAUAUAAAAGAAUAGGACUUUUUGAAAAAGAUGGAGUAUCAUUUGUGAGGAAAGGUGCAAAAAGAGAAAAACCUGAAGGACUAAAUAAUGAAAUCGAAAAUGAUAUUGACGAUUGGAUGAAGGAAAACUAUGAAAAAGAUUAUCUAACUUUUCCUUCUUAA